UCUUCCUUCAAUUCCAUUCUCAUCCAUCAUCAUCAUCAAUAUAUAUUAAAUCUUUUGAUACAGUAUUAUAAGUUCAAUAUAUAUAUAUAUAUAUAUAUAUAUAUAUAGCUAGUAUUAGUUACUAGCUGUUGCUUAUAUCCUUGCAUGAUUAUGGCAAAAUCCAUGACAGAUGUUAGCAUUAAUCUUGCAAUUGUGUUUCUGAUUACUUCAGUAGUACUAACUUUUGAUACAAUUGUGGUCUUUUGUAGUGGAAACAACAGCUCUCAUCAUGUGGUUUGCGUGGAGAAUGAAAGACAAGCCCUUCUGAAAUUCAAGCAAGAUCUAAGUGAUCCUUCAAAUCGUCUCUUCUCAUGGGUUGCUGAUCAAUCAGGAGGGGACUGUUGCGAAUGGGUUGGAGUUGUCUGUAACAAUUUAACAGGCAAUGUCCAGGAGCUCCACCUUCGAAAUCGUUUUAAUGAUAUUGACAACAGUUUGGGUGGUAAGCUAAACCCAUCCUUACUUGAUUUGAAGCAUCUGACUCACUUGGAUAUUAGCGGCAACUAUUUUAUUGGGAUUCAGAUUCCAAGCUUCAUUGGUUCCUUGGGGAGGUUAAGAUAUCUUAAUCUCUCCCACUCUGUAUUUGAGGGAGUCAUCCCAAGUCAACUAGGAAACCUCUCUGGGUUGCACUUCCUUGAUCUUGAUGGAGAUUUGGAAGGAGUGAUUCCUCAUCAACUGGGGAACCUCUCCAAUUUGCACUAUCUCAGACUUGGAGGUUAUGAUGGCAAUCUAUAUGCUCACACUCUUGAAUGGAUUUCUGGUAGUUCCUUGUUACAGCACCUUGAUCUGGAGUACGUGAACCUCAGCAAAGCACAUGAUUGGUUGCAGCAAAUCAACAUGCUCCCUUCUUUGGUAGAGUUACACUUGGUCUAUUGUGGGAUUCAUCACUUUCCUCCUUUACAUAUUCUUAAUUUUACUUCUCUUGCCGUCCUUGAUCUUUCUUUUAACCGUUUUGAAUCAAUUCCACCUUUUCGUCUGAGAAACAUCACCUCUCUUAGAUAUCUUGAUCUUUCCUGCAAUCUCUUCAAUUCUACAACACCUGAUUGGCUAUCUAGUUUUAGCCGCCUUGAAUACCUUGAUUUGUCCUCCAAUCUUUUCAAUUCUGCAAUACCUGAGUGGCUAUCUAAUUUUAGCCUUCUUAAACACCUUGAUCUGUCCUUCAAUCUCUUCAAUUCUACAAUACCUGAGUGGCUUUCUAAUUUCAGUCAUCUUGAAUAUCUUGAUCUGUCAUGGAAUUUGUUCACAGGGGGAUUGCCAAGAUCCUUUGAAAAUCUUUGCAACUUGAAAGUACUCAAGUUGCAAAUGUUGAACUGGCAACUUGGGUUGGCAAGUGUUGAACUUGGUGGUGAUAUAUUGGAGAUUUCAAAGAUUCUGUCCAGUUGCAUUUUAGAUGAAAUAGAAACUCUAGAUUUAAGCUACAAUAAACUUCGGGGCCAUUUUCCUGAACUUGGAAGAUCUAAAAAAUUGGUCUCUCUUGAUCUAUCUCAUAAUUCUCUUUCUGGUGAACUUCCAGUGUCCUUGGGAAGAUUACAUUCUCUGAAGAAUUUAUAUCUUUAUAACAAUAAUUUGAGUGGACCUCUCCCUGAAAGUUUUGGCCAACUUGCAAAUCUAGAGAAUUUAUAUCUCGAGAACAAUAAAUUGACUGGACCUCUUCCUGAAAGUCUUGGCCAACUUCCACAUCUAGAAAGUUUUUCUGUGUCACAAAAUUCAUUACAAGGUGUCAUCUCUGAAGUCCACUUUGCCAACCUCACACGAUUGAGGUAUCUUGAUGGAUCUGGGAAUCAAUUGUUCUUGACUGUUAGUCCAAAUUGGGUUCCUCCAUUCCAACUUCGGGAAUUGUCAUUCAGGUCAUGUCGGUUAGGUCCACAAUUUUCCCAUUGGCUUCACUCACAGAAAAAUUUAGAGAUUCUAGACAUAUCACAUACUGGAAUUUCGGAUACCAUUCCUAGGUGGAUUUGGAAUUUAUCAUCUCAGAUUUUCUCUUUAAAUAUCUCUCACAAUCAUAUCCAUGGUGAGAUUGUAGAUGAGUUUUUAGCCACAUCUGUGCCAUUCAGUGCAAUUGACUUAAGUUCCAACCACUUUAAUGGUACAUUGCCUCGUUUGUCGUCAAAUAUAUCGACACUGGAUCUUUCGAACAAUUCAUUUUCUGGAUCUAUUUCUCAAUUUCUGUGCUACAAGAUGGAUGAAUCUAAGAACCUGCAACUUCUUAAUCUGGAAAGAAAUCUUUUGUCAGGAGAAUUGCCAAACUGUUGGACAAGCUGGAAUAACUUGGAGUUCAUAAAUUUAGCAAAUAACAAUCUAAGCGGCAAAAUCCCAAGCUCCAUGGGAUCUCUAGAUUUUCUCGAAUCAUUGCAUUUACGAAACAAUAGCCUAUAUGGGGAAUUACCUCUGUCGCUGCAAAAUUGCACAAGCUUAGUGGCUAUUGAUUUUGGUGAAAAUGAAUUUUCAGGAAGUAUACCCACAUGGAUAGGAGAAAGGCUUUCAAAUCUCAAGAUUCUUAUCCUAAGAUCAAAUAAGUUUCUAAGCUAUAUUCCUAAGAAACUUUGUGCACUCAGUUCACUUCAAAUCUUGGACCUUGCACAUAAUAAUUUUUCGGGAAGUAUACCAGCAUGUUUCAUGAAUUUGAGCGCUAUGGCCAUACAACAAAACUCAAGUCAACAAUUGUCAUACCAUCCUAAUUAUACUCGAACCUCUUUUGAAGGUUUUUUAGAGAAUGCAUUGUUGGUAAUAAAAGGACAAAUGACGGGAUAUAGCACUAUUCUUCAACUAGUUACGAGCAUGGAUUUUUCAGAUAACAAUUUAUCUGGAGAAAUUCCUGAGGCAUUGACGAGUCUCCGAGGGCUUCAUUCUUUAAAUUUGUCAUAUAAUCUUUUGACAGGAAGAAUUCCAAAGAAUAUUGGUGCUAUGGAACAACUAGAAGCCAUUGAUUUUUCCAUGAAUCAUCUUUUUGGUAAAAUCCCUCUAAGCAUGUCAAGUUUGACAUUUCUAAGUCACUUGAACUUGUCCUACAACAAUUUGAGUGGAAAAAUACCAUCAAGCACUCAACUUCAAAGUUUUGAUGCAUUCAGUUAUGUUGGAAACAGUUUAUGUGGACCUCCUGUUAAUAACAACUGCGGUGUUAAUGAUACACCAUCUGCUAUUGAAAAUGAAGCAGACAAAACGGGCCAUAGAUUUGCAGUGGACUGGUUCUAUGUUAGUAUGGCACUAGGAUUUGUGGUGGGGUUUUGGGCUGUAGUUGGUCCAUUUCUGCUUAACAAGUCAUGGAGAUUUGUACGUUUUCAGUUCAUGGACAAUAUCUGGUAUAGGUUUCAUAGCGUUAUAUGUUCAUGUGGAUGAUACAGCAACAUAAAUAAAAAUUGUGAUCUUUAUUAAUCUAUAA